AUGAGAUUCCAUGCUUGUGUGGAAGGUAGAGUGAUUGAAUUGCGAAAAGACCUAGAGGAAUCACGAUUGAAGGUAUUUACAUGGGCAUAUGGACCGCCUUUUGUGCACUUGAACAACAAGGUUAGUUCAUGGGCGAUUGAGCUAUUGAGGGGAGAAGGAAGUAGGAAGAAUGUUGAGAGGUGCGGUUGCGUGCUACCAGAGACAUAUGGACUUCCAUGUCUAUGCACAAUGCAGAGGUUCAGUGAGAAAGGUUUAGAGUUGAAUCCACACCACUUACAUCAUUUCUGGUCUUCUUUAAAUUACCAUGAUCCACCUGAUCGUGCACAGUGGGAGGACCAUGAUGCUAUUGAGAGCGAUAUUUUCGACAAAAUGGUGGAGGAGGUACGUUGUAGAGGACCAAAUUAUAUUCGAGUAGCUAUUCCAUCACUUCGAGCUCAUGUUCUCCCCGAGGACAUGGGUCUUCUUGAGCCUAGGGAUUCAGAGAUUCUGAGGGGUCGACCACCUAGGAGGGAGAACGCCCGAAAACGUUCUUGGUUUGAGCACGAGAGAUCACGAGAGGCACGCAUAAGUAAUACCAGCAAGACAAGCCCUCCGACGAGGGAUCUCACUCCCCCGAUGAGGGAUCCUACUCCCCCGGUGUCAGAUCCCACUCCCCCUAUGAGGUCAACACAUACAGGUCGUGCACGAAAGAGUCAAUUGUGGGAAUUCCAUAGUGAGAGGAAUAUGUGUCCAUACCUCCCGUACAUCCCAUCUAGCAUACACCAUCUUGUUAGAGCUUGGUUUAACCCCGAUGGGGAUGGUCAUUGUGGGUUUCGAGCAAUCUCACACAUUAUUCAUGGGGACGAGGGUUACUACAUAGAGAUGAGGCAAGCUGUUAUUGGAGAGAUUACUAGUCGAUGGGAUUCUAUAUAUAGUAGACAUUACGAUGGGACACUAGAGCAAGUAAUUCAUAGGUUGGAUCAAAGGAAUUCGGGAUGGUGUGGCAACGAGUACUGGUUUGAGGAGGUGGAUCUACUAGCAUUUGCGACAACGCACAAUUGUGCAUUUUCAGUCUUCGGGCGGGCAAAUGAUGGGACAUAUGGGUAUAGUGCAUUACCCGUGAUAGCGCCACCAGGGAUAACGUCUCCAAUUCAUGUUUAUGCCCUCGUUCAUACUGGAGUACAUUGGGUCCGACUUCAACUUGCAGACGUCGGAGGUGUUACACAGAUGCCUCCAUUUAGUUUUCAGUGGUCUCAUCUUCGCGAUAUGGCAACUGUUGGUUCUUGGUCAUUGUUGUACCAAGAGGAAAGAAGGUUGUUUUUCGCUCUUGGUGGACAUCAGCAAAGUAGACAAGACAAGGGCGAGCCGGAGCAUGUAGUACUUGAGUAG